AUGAUGAACACCAGUGAAAAGAUGAAACUACUCCCACACCUCCCACCACUCUGACUGAAUCUCCCCUUCUCCUCGACAGCCACGAUCCCCAAGUGCGCUGGGUGCUCGGAGGCCAUCCUCGACCGCUUCAUCCUCAAGGUGCUGGAGCGAACGUGGCACUCGCGCUGCCUCAAGUGUGCCGACUGCGGGGCGCAACUCACGGACAAAUGCUUCGCGAGGAACCAGCAGGUGUACUGCAAGGAGGACUUCUUCAGGCGGUACGGCACCAAGUGCGCCGGCUGCGAGCAGGGCAUCCCCCCAACGCAGGUGGUUCGACGCGCCCAGGACAACGUGUACCACCUGCACUGCUUCGCCUGCGUCAUCUGCCAGCGACAACUGAACACGGGCGACGAGUUCUACCUGAUGGAGGACAACAAACUGGUGUGCAAGAGCGACUACGAGCAAGCUAAGCAGAGAGAAGGAGACGCGACAAACAAACGACCUCGUACAACCAUCUCGGCGCGGCAGUUGGAGCAACUCAAACAGGCCUACAAAGAGAGUCCGAAACCCGCUCGGCACGUUAGGGAACAGCUGUCUCAAGCCCUUGGUCUGGAUAUGCGGGUCGUGCAGGUCUGGUUCCAAAACAGGCGAGCGAAAGAGAAGCGACUGAAGAAGGACGCAGGUCGGACGCGCUGGGGCCAGUACUUCCGGUCCAUGAAGAGCGGCGGGCGGGAAAAGCGACGAGAAGAUGAUAAAAGUGACGCCGACUUGGAUAUGGAUUCGCAGCUCGACGCAUACGAUGACAUGAUUCUGGACAUGCCCGAUGGCUACCGUACCCCGGGCCCCCCCCUGGACCUCGAGCCGGGGCAGACGGCCAUGAGCCCCCACCUGGGACCCCCCCACCCGGGCCCCCCGCACCACCCGUUCAUCCAUGGAGCCGGCACCCCCCCGUACAUGGCUGGAGGAGGAGGUCACUCCCCCAGUGGCCCUGUCCCCCCUCACCCCAUGGCCGCCCCGUUCCCGUACUCGGAGCCCUUGCCGCCCUACCAGACGCCCAUGACCGCCGCAGCCGCAGCCGCCGCUGCCGCCGCCGCAGCCUCCGCGGCCGCCAGCGGAAGCGUGAGCGUGAUGGCGGGCGGCCCCGCCAGCGACCUCAGUUCGAACGGCUCGAACCCCAGCUACCCCGAGUUCCCGCCCUCGCCCGACUCCUGGCUGGGCGACAUGCAGCAGGAGCACCACCAGCAGUACUAGCUCUCUCCCUCACGCCCGGAAGGUGCAGGCCGGCGCGCCCACGGCGUCGCGAGGCAGGGCGUGCACGCAGCCCGCCCUCGCCGACCGCCACGACUCCCCUGGGGCCGAGGCCUGCGCAUAGCAAGUGCUAAAUCCUCAUCUCAUGCUGUGGUGAUGCGAAUUAUUUUUCAUCCCGUGUGAAUUUUCGUUUUUUUUUUUAGAUUUUCUUUUUUUCUUUAUUUAUCUAUUCCAUUCUUUCCAUGACAUUUCACGGCUGGAAAUCAAAUGUUUCAUACUAUUUCCUGAUUGAGUUUCUCCUUUUUCCCGUGUUCGUUUCUUGCUGAGGAGAAAAAAAAAUAAACAAUACUUGCUCUCGUCAGGAUCUUCAAAUAGAACAGUUAAGAAGUGUAUAUAUAUUUUUCUUUAGCAUUGACGGCUUGUACUUGACUUCUAUCUCUGUAAUAGUUUAUAUAAUCUCGUUCUCAAUGACGUCAUGAUCUCAAGAAAUAGGGAAAGUAAUAGACAUGCUUUUCAUCUAUUUUCUCUCGUUGACCAAAGCAGAACAGGCCAAAGAAAUCACUGUCUCUAACAACUAGUCAAGAUUUUGUUAUCGUUUCUUUCCUUCCAUUGGGAAAAACCGAAUCACUAAAACGAUAUUGUACAAUAUAAAUGUAAGUAUGAGUGUUUAAUCAAAAUUUCGGUUCACAAAGGUAAUCUUCUUCAGAUUUAGAUAUAUAUAUAUAGGAUGUGGGGACUUUUUACCUGCAAUUUUGAGAUAUUUGUGUAGGAUCAAAAUAGAUGAGGAUUUUUGAACGGGAAUUCCAGAUAACGAGGAGGCAAAAUCUAAUCCACAAAUUCGAUUCAAUCAAAAAAGACUGUUUUUAUUGUUUACCGUAAAUUCAUAAAUUUUGUGUUGUAAAUGUUUUCUCCGGGACUAAAAACCAAGGAAACUAUUGCACGUAUUGGAACUGGGGAGCAGACGUCCACUAACUGACAAGAAGAGCAAAAAAGGGCUGCACAAAAAGCCCUCACACCUGCUUAAGGAAGAGAACAAAGAAAGAUCUAGUCAGCAUUAACAUUCCAUUAAAGUAUUAUUUUCCCAAAGUUUCCAAAGAACUCUAAGCCAAGAUACAGAAGAGGCUAAGAUCUCUUUACUCGCGGUUGGAAAAUCGACCCAAGAGCAAACGAAGUGUGUGGAAUGGCACUAUAAAACAAGAGGCGAUCUGGUUCACGGUGUUCUUGGCGCGUGAGGUCCGCGCAGGCGCACUGGGGGAGCCGCUCCGAGGAACAUGGCGUCGGCGGCAGAGAAUCAUUGGCAAGGACUCUCUUCCUGAUAUAUUGACCAGACCUGAUGAUGAUGAUGAUGAUGUGUGUGUGCGUGUAUAUAUAUAUAUUACCAUGCAAUGGCUGAUUACGUAUAUAAACUGACGUCACAAAAAGACGGUGGUAAUUAUUGCUGGUGAGACAAAGGAUAUUUUUUAUGUAGCUACUUCAUGUUUGUCCUUUCGCUACAGGAUUUUAAAUGUACAUAUCUUAAUGACGUGAAGUGUUUCACAAAAGGUUUUUUUUUUCUUCAGGUUUAUUCCUGUGGGUGUGAGAUGUAUAUAUAUAAAAUGACUCACAUGGGAUAUUAGUGGCAUCCAAAGACGAGGGUAACAGAGAAGUCUCUGCUUUACUUUUCAUAGUGUUUUUGUUAGUAUACCAAAGAUUAUUUGCAAAGGUUAUAAAGAGAAAAUUAGAUUUAUAAUUGAUUUAUUAAAAAAAGACAUUAUGUUUUUAAAGAUUUGUUUCUGAAUUCGAAGUACCCGAGUGAAAUGGUAGUGUAGAGCUCAGUCUCCGAGUGUCCUGCCCCUCCGAGAGCCAGGCUUCCACUGACGCAUCCCGAGCCGCUUCUGUCUCGCUCCGAAGCUUCGAACUCGGUGGCGUCUGGUUCACUCGGUAGGAGGUUCGACCACUAGCAACUUACGCUCCUUGGGCUUGAUUUAACACUAGUACAACUCCCUCUCCCUCUGACAUUUGCUUGUUCUUUUAAUAUUAAUUUUGUACAUAACGUUACAUGAAAGAGUGUCUGUGUUUGUGAAGGUGAGUGACUGUACAUAAGUCUGUUUGUUAUUAAUUCUAACGGAGAAGAAAGAAAGAAAAAAGAAAAAAACCUUAAUAGCACACAGACUUCAGGAUGGUUCUUGGUGUAGCAUCUUACAAUUGAUGUCAUUUAUACAUUAGAUUCGAAUUUUAACAUCACUGGAAACUGUGUAUCUGCUAUGUAGACCUCGUACGUGUCCUCUGUAUGUAAAAAAAAAAAAAAGACUUGAUGUUUUCUUCUGUCAUAACUCCUUUUUCCUCGGCCAUGUUGACACAAGUUGGAGCAUUCAAGGUGACAGUGUUCAUUCCCAAGUGUUUUUUACAUUCCUCAUUACUUGUAAAGGUGUAGAAGAUCAUUUAAACAGGCAGGGAUGCUCGUUUCCCCUUGUUAUAAAUGUGCGUUUUUUAUAUAUGAAAUCACUGUGAAUAGAUAGAUGACUCGAGUAGGGGAAUUCCUCGACACGAUAGAUCUUUCCAUUAAGCAUUCUCAAUCAUCGUCAUGUAGGUAAAAGGAGAAGAAAGAUACGUAAAAAAAAGUAACACAUACUAACCCUUCUGUUGAGGUUAUUUGUGUCCUUUGUUUAUACCCUUCAUGGCAUGUCCAAAAGCUCAACUUCUGAAAACAUGGCCUAUUAUAUGGUACAAUUCAAAAGGUGUUAUUUAAGGCAUACAUGUGUGGUCGCCGUUACUGAUGUGUUAUCAAGUGGUCCAGUUUUAUCAGUUUUAUCAUUAUUAUCCAACGAUACCCAAUAUUUUUUUUUUUUUCUCAUGCACUCUAUUCCUUUUAAACCAAACAGUAUCUUAUCACAAUAACUUACCUCAAACGAUAAGUAAUUGUGACUGUGUAAAGGCGUUUUUUUAUAAUUUUUCUUUCAAGGAGACCACACACAGCAAGCCUUGUAAGCACUGGUUACUCCCUCAAUCCUGCAGACAAGCUCCCUAUAGUACAUUCCUUUAACCAGAUGUUCCUCAUCUACAUGUGUACUACGAUGUAAAGCACAAAACAAAUUAUAUAUAUAUAUAUAUAAAUGAAAAUAAAGAAGUUCUCGCUCAAUACUAGCACAUAUGAUUUUCUUGUAGAUGUUGUGAGUUGGCAAAACUACAGAAGGGUGUACUCGGAGGCAGGUCAUAGUAAUCAUAAACUGUAUAUUAUUUUUAUCUGUAUUGAUUUGCUCUUCAUUGUCAUUAUGGGUGUUUGCUGUAUGUUCAUCUUGACUCACUUCCGGCUGCUGGAACGACCAACUAGCUGGACCAUAAGAAUGUAUAAUAAACGAAUUUAUGUAA